CCAGCAGCCCUCGGGUGUGUUGUUACGGCGUCAAAAAGCCCAUUGCAUGGGUGUGCAAGCAAGGCGCUAGUUAAAGGACGUUUAGUGGGAUAAAGGUAGCCCAUUUGAUCGUCAACGAUUGAAAGUCUUGCUACGUGAACCUGUCCAAGUGUUGAACAUGCCGGAGGUUGAUUGGGCUGGAUACGGAUAUGCAGCCCUAGUUGCAUCCGGAGGAGUACUCGGAUAUGUUAAAGCAGGCAGUGUCCCCUCCCUGGCAGCCGGCCUCUUGUUUGGAGGGCUAGCAGGCGUUGGGGCUUAUCAGAUAUCCGAAGAUCCAAAGAACGUUUGGGUUUCUUUAGCCACCUCUGGGACCUUGGCUGCCGUAAUGGGGAAGAGGUUUUACAGCUCCAGAAAGUUCAUGCCCCCCGGUCUGGUGUGUAUUGCGAGUGUCCUGAUGGUUGCCAAGAUCGGUUAUGGGAUGCUGGAGAAGCCCCAGCAGUCAUGAUGCACUAAAAGCCAUUGUUUCACCCCCAACCCAAGCAUGAUUCAUGGCUUUUUUGUAUGUAAUAACAAUACACCUAUUCUGAUGUAUUCCUACAGAUCUUUUUGUAUAAAAGUAUAAAUAAAAUUAUAGUCAAAAUAAAA